AUGGACGACAAAACGCUUCAGUGCACGCUGGAGGUGCACAGCGGGGACGGUGAAUGCACGCGGCGGACGUUUACCGUAGAGCAUUUGCCGCGUACGCUCCGGGAAGUGGUUGAGCUGUUGAAAGCACAGGACCUGCGGCUGCAACGUGGUGAUUUUGAAUUUAGUGUCAUUUGCGGUGAGUCGGGCAGUCCACAGCAGUUACUUGCAGACAGAGAUGUAAAUAAUUUAUUUUCGUCAUUUGCUUCAGAGCGAUUGCUUUUCAAAGUGACGCUACAAGAGCGAGUGGGCGGUCUGGUCAGCUCCAUGCUCGCUGACGAUAGCCUUGUGCACCUGCGCAUCUACCACCGGGGCAACGAUUUAGUGACGGAGAAGCGAUUCAUUCCGCCUCGGCGUGGUGUGCGUGAGGCACUGGUAAUAGCUGUGCGUGAUGCCAUCCAACAGCCUCCCCCGGCGUCGGUGGGUAUGCAACUUUACGCAAUUGUGGGCGAAAUGUGUGAUCAGACUGCAUUAAAGGACGAGGACGCCAUCAACACCUUCCUGCGAUCUUGCAUGGUAACACGCUCGGUGUGUCGUCUGACAUACCAGUUUGAUAAUGAAGGUGUGAUCAAUGAAGCUGACGCAUCUAUUCAAACAAAAAACCUUGGUGUCAACAAUGCACAGAUGCCUCCAUCAGAUCCCAUCCAGGCCAACAGUGCUACGCCCCAGAUGCCAAAGUGCAACGAUGGCGAUGACGUUCUCUGCGAAACGCCGAGCCGUGCGGAGGAUGAAUCCAAUGCUCAAGCGAGCUCGGUAGCCCCGGUCAAUGAUGUCAAUUCUGCGUUGGUUUCUAAGAGCAGUUCACAUAAUGGUUCUCCUGCGUCAGAGCCGUUGACUCAAAUGGAUGCAGUUAGUGUUCCCCCGGAGACCGCUGUCAGUGCUGCCCGGAAUGCGUCUCCUUUGCGUGAAUUGGCAAAGAAUGGGCGCCAGCUUUUGGACGGUGCAGGUCACUUGAAACAGAACGACGGGGAUCCCCCGGCAGUUACUUUAACUGCAAAAUAUGAGGAGGCACCGCGACCAAUUAUGCUUGUUGCAGAAGAGAAGGUGCCGGCCGUGGCGGUUUCUGGGCGUUGCCAUGCUGUGGAUGCAAAAAUUAAAAAGGAAAAACUUCGGAUUGAAAUUGAGUGCGCAUUCGGUGAUUCAACUGUUGUUUUCCCCUUUUCCUGGCGACGGGAUUCAGCAAGUGUUUUGCAAUCGCUUCGUGAGGCCUGCUUGAUUGCUUUGGAAGUACCUCGGGACGAAAAUGUGAAUUUGUAUGAUCGGAAGGGCGCUGUUUUGCACACCGAGGAGGAUACAUGUAAACGGCUAGAAUCCAUCCUUCUGUCUGGCUGCACCCGAAUUGGUCUCGUGCUGUGGUCGGGCCACCCAUGCACGUCGGGCCUCCCGCUGCAGUGCUGCGUCUCGUGGGGUACACAACAAAUAGUUAUGGUAUGCACCGUGGAGCGGGAGAUGGCGCUGAUGGAUCUGCGGCGUGCGAUCCUGGACGAGUAUGGUAUGGACUACAGGACCAUCGAUGGUUUGCAUCUUUUCCUGAGUAGUGGAGAAAUGGAAGCCGAGUCAGAGUUGACAAGUAGCCGGGCUUACGAGCAGCUUAAGGCCGCUUCACUUCAUGAAGAGCUGGUGAAUAUUAGGGUGUCAAUUCGUGAUGGACCUUCACUGUGCUUGUCCAUGGAGAGAAAUUUGCCCCUUAAAACCGCGGCGUUUGUAGAGGAGGCCCUGCUUGUGCUCGGAGAUCGACCCCAUUCAAACGACGUGUUAAAAAUUUUUGAAGAAUGUUCUGGGAAGACAGGGGCGCUUGAAAAGGAUGCCAAAGAUUUCAUUGCGCUUGUUAUUGUAAUGCUCUCAGAGCCCCGCAUUUUGACACGUGAGAGGUUGACAUCGUUCCUCCUCAAGACGGCAGCGCCUUGCAAUGAGGAGGGGGUUCUUGAAGUAUUGAACCGCUGCGUUGCGAUUGCGCAGUUGCGUGUGGUGCGUCGCCCCUUUGACGUACUAAAACGUUUUUUCAGGCGACUGUACAGGGUUAUCCAUAUCCCAGAGGGGGCUAAAGGCAUCCCUCUCACGAUGGUUACGCGUCAGUUGGCGCAAGCCGGGCUCUCGGAUGCGAAGGGGUUGCUGCGACGCGAUCGCACAAUCUUGGCAGAGUUGCAGGAGAAUGAUUACACGGAGCUUUUUUUGCGGCUUUAUUUCACGGAUGCCAAUAUGAUUACUCGUGCGGUUGUGGCGGCACGUCUGUCAGGGAUAGGCAAAAUAAGAAGCCGGCGUGUUAUGACAAGCAGGGGACAAGAGAUGCUGCGGGAGGACUUUAUGCACGAAAUCCGACAUGCCUUUGACGGAAUACGUUCCACGGAUGUUUUAAAGUUUUUGAGGAGCCAAGAGCCGCACCCUGAGCCGAAGUUUCGCUGUUUGCUGAGUGUUAUGGGGUCGCUUUUAGCCACCCAUCCCGUGCAGCAUCCCGAUCAUUGGUUUGUGGAGCGAUUCCGAGGAAAGGUGGCGGACGCUCUGGACGUCAAACUACGCACAUUUGAGGACUCCGUAGUUUCGACACCGCAGUUGUACCGUCUCUGCUGGGACGUGCUGAAACCGGACAUGCACCAUCUUUUGCUUCUUCCUGAGUCUCCCGUGGCAAGUGCCUUUGCGUGCUGGGCCUUCUUUGCAGUACAAUUAAUAUGCGUCAACCGCCAUUUGGAAUUUCCACCUGUGCCGUUGGUGGAUUUGCAAAAGUUCUCCCUAGUGGGAUUACCGAUUUCACCAGUAGAGAUUGCAAGGGAUGACGCUUUAAACGUUGUUUCUCCCGCUGCAGCCGCCAGUGGCGGUAAUGAUGGCGGUGCGGCUGCUGCAUUGCCGUUCCGCACGAACAAGCCAAGGAUAAAAUACAAGUACAGCUAUCUCUGCCAUGAUCUUUGCCGGGAUGUUCGCGUGGAGCGUCCCCUGAAGUAG